AUAGGAGCCAAAAACCGUGGCGAGCGGUAGUCAUAGUCUAGAGAAUUAUUUAGGGUGGUGUUUCUUUGUCAUAAGCAUUACAAUUUUGUCAUGAUUCACAUGAGUCGUCUUUCGUCGUGAUUUUGUGAUCAUUAGACUGUCCGAACCUACCCAACGUAAAGUACCAUCAAGCAUCGCGAAACGAGUACCCAAGAAGAGUACCCGUGAACCGCUAUGUCAACACGUCGUUCGAAAUCGAAACAUCGCGAAAUGUAGGACUUAAUCUACGUUCGCGGCAAGCAGAUGCCUCAAUACGCAUACAGACGGGAACGGAGCAGUACAUUUUGAACGGCAGCACCUGCGAUUUUGAACCGCAUACAAGGGAAUACGAAAACCAAACGAUUGGACCUCCGCAAGAGGUCGAACGACUGUUGCCUCCUCCAGAGGCAAGAACGGACUCGGAAACAUUUGAGUUACAUGCUAAAGUAGCUAGAACAAGCACAACUUUUUUUCUAAACCAUUUGAGUUCCAUGCUAAAAAAGUAGCUGGAGGAAGCACAUCAACAUUUAAAACUACACCACGAGCGUAGCAGGGUCUGGAACACCAAGAAGAUUAGACACGAGCUUGUCUGUCACAACGAGACUUCGGCAUACGAGACUUCGGCAGCACAUCUUGUUCUUUUAAGGCUGUACCUAAAACAUCUUUGGACUCAUCCUUGAAACGUAUGGAGGAGUAUCCUAAGCGAAUACUCUCCCAUACUUUUCAAGGAUGCACUUGGAAGACGAAUUACGGACAGCUCUAAUUCUUCUCAAUACGAAUACUCACAUCUUCUCCGACACGAGCACAACCUUUUCUUCAUCGACAAAUCUUCGAAAAAAAAUGGCGCCAACACAAGAACGAGCAACGAAGCUGACAGUAUUGUCAAAUGUCCAGUCAGCGCCCAAGAUAUCCAUCAAGGGAAGAUGGAAAGAUCCGAAAGUACGAAAUAACGCACCAGGACCUGGAUCGUAUUAGAUUAUUAUACUCUUCAAGAACUUUGAAUUUGAUAGUUGUUGAAUGGUUCUGGUUUUUGGUAACCUGAAAGUGAUCACAAUGAUUCUCCUCUUGUUUUCCCUUAUGAUCAAAAAUAGACUACCAAAUACCAGAACAGUUGUACAGUUGUAGCGAAAAUUCUAUUGUGACGUUAUAAUAUUGACAUUGAGAACAAAAACUGAAAUACUAGUCCGCAAUCACCAAGUCCAAGGGGAGCAACAGGCCUCACCCUCUACUACAGAUACACACCGCAACCCGAAAAUUAAGGCUUCCCCUAAUCCAUCCCUGUAGACAUCCCCAUUUCGUCCGCACAUUGUUACUCCGAUACAAGGGACCCAUACUGACGCACAUACUCCGAUACAUCUUACAUAUGCGCCCCAAUACAAGGGACCCAUACUGACGCACAUACUCCGAUACAUCUUACAUAUGCUUUCGUCCCCAAUACAAGGGACCCAUACUGUGUUACUGACGCCCAUACUCCAAUUGAAGGAUUUCCACAGGGAUGAAUAGGGGAGAGCUCUAAGAAAAAGUGAAAACCGAAUCACACGGAGUAACAAUGUGCGGACGAAAUCUAAGGAUGCCACGCGAAUUAGCACCUGGUCCUGGCCAAUACUAUCAGGGAGGGGACAGCCGUAUCUACUUCUACACUUUCCUCGUAUUGUGUUUGAUCAUACAGGUUAAUUUUUAUAUCUUGUUCCAUUGCCGAAAACGAAAAGUUAGUUCUACCUUCUUUAACUUAGUUUCUGCCUAGUAACGGGAAGAAUUCGUCAGGGAAAUCUUAGGCAGACUGCCAAAUAGAUCCGCAUCGUCAUCAGCUUGGUUUCUGCCGUCAUAGUUCUUAUGCUUAUUCUUAUUCUGACUCAUGAUCAGUCGGAGCUUCUACCGGAAGAUAUAGCUUCCCGAGAACACAGAGGUUGAAAGGCCGCAUGCAUCAGCCGAGUCCAGGACCGGGUAGCUAUAAAGUCGGACCUUUAAACAAAGGCACGAGCGCAACAUUCUCGGAGAAAUUUGGUACUUCAUUUUAUCAGAAUGGGUAGUUAGCCUUAGCUUUUAGUCGGUACUCUUCAGUAAGUGUAAAUUGUAAAACGGGUAUCAUCGUGACAACUCACUUGUGAGUGUAAAACUGCUAUCAUCAUGAGGACCAUAUAUAAGAGGUGGGAGACUAAAUGAUUACUUGAAGUUGACCAAGUUCCUUGUACUACAAAAUCAUCUCCACUUCUGAAUCUCACUAAAACAGAAAGCGGAGCGUUUGGCGGUAGACUUUCGGGUCCAGGGCCAGGGCAUUACACCGCAGCAGUAGCAGAUCCAUUGCAAUAUGCAGGAGGCCCAAGAUUUGGGUUUGGUACGAGUACGAGACAAACUGGAACUGUGAAAAGUGGCAUAAUUCUGCCGGGACCGGGGCAGUAUUUUUUGUCUUUUAAGACGAUGAGGAUGAGCAUAAUUAGAUUAUUCAGUGAGGUAGCGCUUUUCAUUACCUGCGUUCUUCAUUCUUCUUAAAGCACUUUCAGAUCUCGUCUCUUGUACGUCGUGAUCUCUUUUCAUCCAGUUCUUCUUCUCAUCCACAACUUAUCAAAUCCAUCACCUCCCCAACCAGCUACGUGAAGAACGUCUCGUUUACAAGCAGUGCGCCUAAAUACAGUAUGAAGAGCAGGCCGCAAACAAAAUCCGACACCUUCACGCCUGGACCAGGAUCCUCGGUUGCGCUUGUUAGUAGUUUUGGUUGAGGACGAUAGGGGGUCCGUCAAGUUAUUCAUCUGGGAUUCAAAUUUUUAUUCAAAUUCACGUCGCACUCGAAGGGGGAAGAAUGUGUUCUCCAAAAACCACACAUAAUGAAUGAUGUCGAGGAUUGACGCUGUUGUGAUGAGGGCCACAGACAAGUACAGGUGGAGAAUGUUUUUGGAUGCAAAGACGAUGUCCUCGUGCACUAAAUGAACCUGAAGAACCGUCGCGGCCCUUGCUUGUCAUUAGAUCAUUUGGACAGAAUAAUAAUGAAGCAAAAUGAUCGUGAAGUAUGCCUUGCCCUUGUUUUCCACAGUCGCAUAUGGGAAAAAUCUAAAUCAUGCCUCCUGGUGUAAGCAUGAUGCCGAAG